ACCUAUUUCAACGUCUGAUGGCGUUUGUGGAAGAUACACUUCUCACCACAGAUGCCGGCAUUUCCCACCACGGCGUGCUGCCCUCGACGAAUGAAGACAUGUCACCAACCCUGGAGAAUCUGGUAUGUCUCCACUGGCUAAGUCUCCUUCACACCGGUCUGCCCGCCCUGGUCAAGCAACGGUACGGACCGGAGCUACGCUGCCGCACACUGGCCUCUCUCAAGCCCGAGAUUAGUCAGUCCCUCGCGUCUCUGAUGGACGAACUGCGCUCUGCCGAAGAUGCCCAGGUGUUGCGCUCAGCCGCCGCCAGCUUCAGCCGCGCGCCCUCCCGGCCCGCAUCCACGGCCGGCCGGACACAGCCGCCUGUUGGAACCGCCGCCGGUCAGCCCCGAACCGCCGCUGCCGCCGGCCGAUCCGCCGCAGCCGCCGCCGCGGGCGGCGACCGCCGGACUCAGCGCCCGGCCCGCUCCUGUGCCCUGUGCAAGGCGGCCGGCCGCCCGGAGAGCGACUCCCACUUCCUGAGCCGGUGCCGCUUCCUGCCUGCGUCUGACCGACGUUUCAUGGCCGGUAUCCGACUGAUCGCCGGCUGUGAUGUCGACGCCGACUUCGACGAGCCUGAGGACGACGAUCCAGUAUCUCCCACUCCAGCGGACGAGCACUGAGGCCCUACAUCAGGCGGGCAUCAAGCUGGAGGUCGGCCGGGUUCAUAAUCCCAACAAGAACCCAUGCGCCGAACACGCCAUCGGCGAGCUCCGUGGUGAGCUCAAACGCGCCCUUCCGGAGGGCGGCCCAGUCUCUUUGUCAGCUCUAGCCAUGGCCACUUCUCGAUUAAAUUCACGUCUACGCCGCGGCGGCCUGUCAGCCUUCGAGAGGCUGUUCUCCCGCGAUCAGUACAGCCAUACUGCCCUCAGCACCUCCGACCGCGAACUCAUUGCCGAGCAGCAGUCCUCCAGACUGCAGAACCAUCCGUAUGAUCACGUAUCCAAAGGUCGUACUCACAGUCACGUGCCUCCGUCAGUUAUCACACCCGGUGUGCUCGUGUACCAUGCUGGUGAUCGAGAUAAGGCUCAUGCUCGUCCUCGGUACCUUGUUACCAGUGUUGAUGGAAACUGGUGCCGAGUGCGAAAGUUCGCCGGCUCGCAGCUUCGCGCCAAGUCGUAUAAAUUCCACGUGAGCGAAUGCUACACCGUGCCGACCAUACCCGCGCCACUCGCUACCGCUCACUCUCUGUCUGCGUCUUCGUCCGAUGAGGACGAGCCCUGUCCCGUCACCACGCCGCCCCUGGGGUGUCCUGUCCCUGCGGAGAUCUCUGGCGGCGCCCUCUCCGCGCCGGGUCACUCCCCUCCAGCGCAACCGCCGCCUCCCGUAGCGGCGCGACGUGAUAGGCGCAACAUUCGACUGCCCCGUCGGUACGAUGACUAUGUACUUGAUCCCUGGUAGCUCCGAUUACAUAUGUUUUUGUCUCGUUAGGUCUACACACAU